AUGGACGCUGGUAACAAAAACCAAGAGAGACAACACGACGAUGCACUUUCGGAAAACUUUGAUGACUUCAAAUAUGAGGAAGUUUUUCUUGAAGAUGAGUGGAGUUUAACCGAAGGCGAAGAAGACUUGGAAGCUACGGUAAAAGCCAUCCAGGACCGAGCACAGGCCAGCGCUCGAGCCCCUCAAAGACCCAACGCACGCGCCAACGCGCACCCAACACCGUCAGUAAUUGACUUCUUACGCAGCUUUCUGUUUGAAAAUGGCAUGUCGGAAACACUCGACAUUUUCGAAACGGAGUGGACCGAAAUGGCGCAAAAAGGGCUGGUGGCUGGCGAACGGGUCGAUGUGGUUCCAGACAUAUAUACUGAAAACCAGCGUUUGGAGAGAGAACUGAAAAACGCUCGAAGGGACAGAGAAGAUUACAGAAAGGCGGCAUCUGUUGCAGCUGAAACACUGGUUAAAGUCCAAAGAGCCAGAGACAACCGCCGUCUGCAUCACAUGCGUGUUGUCCAGGAAAAAAACAGGCUAAUCGCGGAGAUAAAAAAACUGAAAUCACAAUGUGACAGCUAUGGACCGGUGGUCAAACGGAUGAAUGAAAAGUACCAGACCGUCCUAAAGCAGGCCAUGAUGCUAGCUUUGGAGAUGGACAAAGCACACGUGGACAGCCGGUCAGAGCGUUUGGACUCUGUGGCCAUCGGUGGGGGCGAAAAGGUGGACAAAACACGCGUCCGAGAGACGGUGACCCAGCCCAGGCCUCCGGCGAGUCCAGGUCGCCCCGGGAGGCCCUCCAGAGUCCACUCAGUGAGAGCCAGCGCUCCCUGA